ACUCGAAAAAUCAAGUGGGUUUUGCUUUUCGGCUCAAGAACUAUAAUAUUUUUUACAAUUUCCGAUCGGGAUCGACCCAUAUAUUUUGUUUAAUUAAUUUAAAUUUCUUAAUCAACUAUCAUUCAACCAAAAUCUUCGUCUUCAAGUUAAUACCAAGUGAAUCAUUAUUUCGAUCAAAUAAACAAAAGAAAAAAAUUAUCUCAUAAUCCCGAGGACACCUAAAAAAUAAGGAGAAAAAAAGAAAAUAAAGAAUGCAUAGAGCAAGUUCAGCGUUUAGUUUGGCCAUAGCGCCAGCUGGAAAUCAACAUUUUGCAGCAUGGCUUCUACGUGGAUCAAACAAAAGCAAAAUCGUGAAAGAUAUCCUACCGGCUGCAUCAGCUGCAUCAGUAAGAUUAUACAGUUCUUCAGCAGCUUCUGAACCGUUUUUGAAUGGCACAACAUCCAGCUAUGUAGAAGAUAUGUAUAAUGCAUGGCUGCGUGAUCCAGCAUCAGUUCACAUCUCCUGGGAUGCUUAUUUCAGGAAUAACACCUAUUCCGCACCACCCAAUCAUGCUCCAAUGGAAAGGAAUACCCUUCCACUAUCUGCGAUUCAAUCAUCGUUAGAAGGUGGUCGUCCAGAUGCUAAAAUGAUUGAUGACCAUUUGGCUGUUCAGGCUAUCAUAAGAAGUUAUCAGUCUCGUGGGCAUUUGGCCUCGGAUCUGGACCCACUGGGAAUCCUAAAUCAAGAAAUAUCAGUUAGUAAGGAUGGUGUAAGGCGUCGUGCUAACGAAAACGUCCUAAGGCAACAUAAUUGGUUCAUGACUGGUCAAAAUGACAUGGACAGGAAAUUCAAACUUCCUAGCACAACAUUUAUUGGUGGUGAUGAAACAGCUUUAUCGCUUAAGGAAAUUUUGAACAGACUUGAAAAUGUCUACUGUAACAAAAUUGGUGUUGAAUUCAUGUUCAUCAACUCAUUGGAACAAUGUAACUGGAUCCGAAAGAGGUUUGAGAGCCCUGGUGUGUUAAGCUUCUCUCCCGAACAAAAACGUUUGAUUCUUGCUCGUCUUACACGUGCUACUGGUUUUGAAGCGUUUUUGGCCAAAAAAUAUUCUUCUGAAAAACGUUUUGGACUUGAAGGUUGUGAAAUGAUGAUCCCUGCAUUGAAGGAAAUCAUCGACGUGUCGACUGAACUUGGCGUUGAAUCUGUCAUUAUGGGUAUGCCUCAUAGAGGUCGAUUGAAUACAUUGGCCAAUGUGUGCCGCAAACCUUUGCAUCAAAUAUUUACGCAGUUCGCUGGUCUCGAAGCUGCAGAUGACGGUUCCGGUGAUGUAAAAUACCAUUUGGGUACCUAUAUUGAACGUUUGAACCGUGUUACAAACAAAAAUAUUCGCUUGGCUGUCGUUGCUAACCCAUCCCAUUUGGAAGCUGUUGAUCCAGUUGUUCAAGGAAAAACUCGUGCAGAACAAUUCUACCGAGGUGAUAGCGAGGGCAAGAAGGUUAUGUCCAUUCUAAUUCACGGUGAUGCUGCAUUCUGUGGCCAAGGUGUUGUCUAUGAAACCAUGCACUUGUCUGACUUGCCAGACUACACAACACACGGAACUAUUCAUGUUGUUGCCAACAAUCAAAUUGGCUUCACCACUGAUCCUCGUUUCUCGCGUUCAUCACCUUACUGCACAGAUGUUGCUCGUGUUGUUAACGCUCCAAUUUUCCAUGUGAAUGCUGAUGACCCAGAAGCUGUGAUGCAUGUUUGCAAAGUUGCUGCCGAAUGGCGUGCAACAUUCCACAAAGAUUGUGUUAUUGAUCUCGUUGGCUAUCGUCGCAAUGGACACAAUGAAAUUGAUGAACCUAUGUUUACUCAACCUUUGAUGUACCAAAAGAUUCGUAAUCAUAAGAAUUGUUUGGACUUGUAUGCUGAUAAAUUGAUUGCUGAAGGAACUUGUACAUCAGAAGAAGUAAAAUCGGUUCAUGACAAAUACGAAAAGAUUUGCGAAGAAGCUUUUGAAUUGGCCAAAAAGGAAACCCAUAUCAAGUACAAAGAUUGGAUUGAUUCUCCAUGGUCUGGAUUCUUUGAGGGCAAGGACCCUCUUAAAUUGAUCCCAACUGGUGUUAAAGAGGAAACUCUUGUUCACAUUGGAAACCGUUUUUCAAGUCCUCCUCCAAAUGCAGCCGAAUUUUUGAUCCAUAAAGGUUUGAUGAGAGUAUUGGCUGCUCGCAAAGACAUGGUAGACAAACGCACUGUUGACUGGGCUCUCGGAGAAGCUAUGGCUUUCGGCUCCCUCCUCAAGGAAGGAAUUCAUGUCCGUCUCUCUGGUCAAGACGUUGAGCGUGGUACAUUCUCCCAUCGUCAUCACGUUCUUCACCAUCAGACAGUCGAUAAGGCCACCUACAAUUCAUUGUGCCACAUGUAUCCCGAUCAAGCUCCUUACUCAGUAUCAAACAGCUCACUUUCCGAAUACGCUGUCCUUGGAUUCGAACAUGGUUAUUCAAUGACCAAUCCAAAUGCUCUUGUUCUGUGGGAAGCCCAGUUCGGUGAUUUCAACAACACCGCUCAAUGUAUUAUCGAUCAAUUUAUCUCAAGCGGACAAGCUAAAUGGGUUCGUCAAUCUGGAUUGGUAAUGUUGCUUCCUCAUGGUAUGGAAGGUAUGGGACCUGAACAUUCGUCGGCUAGAUUGGAACGUUUCCUCCAAAUGUCUUCGGAUGAUGCAGACUACUUCCCACCUGAAUCUGAUGAAUUUGCCAUUAGGCAACUUCACGACAUGAACUGGAUCGUCGCAAAUUGCACAACCCCAGCAAAUUAUUUCCAUAUUCUAAGAAGACAAAUUGCUUUGCCUUUCCGCAAACCAUUGAUUCUCAUGACCCCUAAAUCAUUGUUGCGACACCCAGAAGCUAGGAGCUCUUUCGACGAAAUGAGCAAGGGAACCGAGUUCCAACGAAUUAUUCCCGAUAAUGGCCCAGCUGGUCAGAACCCAUCUGGUGUUAAGAAAGUGGUGUUCUGUUCUGGCAGAGUAUACUACGAUCUGACCAAAGCACGAGCUGAUCAGAAGCUUGAAAACGAAAUUGCUAUCGUUAGAGUUGAACAGAUUUCUCCCUUCCCAUUCGAUUUAGUUAAGGAAGAAGCAGCUAAGUACAAAGACGCUGAGCUUGUUUGGGCCCAAGAAGAACACAAAAACCAAGGUGCAUGGACCUAUGUGCAACCUCGCUUCUUGACAGCACUCAACUCCUGUCGGGACAUCAGCCCAAAUGGCCAAGAUGUUUCCCCAUCCAUAACCACCUCUAGCAAUCAUAAUAACCCUAGUGCUAACAGUGGAACAUGGUUGAGUCGAAUGUUCGUCCCAAACCAAUCAUCUACACAAAACACCGAUGAUUCAUAUAGUGCCAAACACUUCGAUCUGAAAUUUGAUUCACGCAAAGAUUUUAAUAGACCCUCAGAUGGAAAUGCUGCAAAGAACCGUAACACAAAAAUUGGAAGAAAAAUUAGCUAUGUAGGCCGCCCCACUGGAGCCUCUACUGCUACUGGAUCAAAGGCAAUGCACAUCCGCGAACUGAACGCCAUGUUAGCUGAUGCUAUGGCACUAUAGAUCAUUACACCAUUAGCUGAGAACUAAAAAAUAUAGUGGAAGUGGUGGUGUUAGUAAGCGCAGACUCACAAUUUAUAUAGUGUAUGAUGUGACCAUAUUUUUUUUUUUUUUUAUUUGAUUAUAUUUCAAGUAUGACCUACAUAUAUUUUAACUAUUUAUUAAUUUAUUAUUUCAAUUGAGGUUAGAUUGUUAUCUUUUCUUACUUUCCAACAAGUUCACAAAGAAUCGAUUGAAAGUUUUUUUUUUUUAAAUAAGACGUAGAUACAUAUUACAUAAAUACAUAUUUUAAUAUCGAUCUUUUGAUGAAAAACAAAUAAAAAAGAGUAUACCUUAUUGAGUUGUGUUUGCAUAAGCGUUUUAUUUUUUAAAAUCUAUAUUUAAGAUUUAUGUAACAAUAGAGUUAAAUGUAAAGAAGAAAAAAUGAAAUGCUCUAAAAGAGUUGUUAAUUGUACGUAUUACGAAGAUAUUUUUGAUAAAGUCAAAAGAUUAUUUUGUUUUCAUUAAUUUUAGACCAAUAAAAAAAAAAACAAAAAAAAAACACCUAUAACAAUUCGCAAACUUAUUUUUUUUUUUUUUUUUAAGAAAGAAAAGAACUAAAAUUGAUACUAUCGUUUAUAUAGCUUCUUUGUGCUAGUAUUGUAAGAAAUCCAAUCGAAAAAUAAAAUACUAUACCUUUAUUCUUAAAUAUAAAAAUAUACUUACUCGUAAAUUAGACAUGAAAAAAAAAAUUAAGAACUGGCGAUCUAAUUGACGAGAGAGAUAUAUAAAAAAAGAAAAAACAA